UUAUAGUAAUAAACAAAUUAACUAUGAUUAAUUAUCUGAAAAUUAUAAUAAAAUGAGCUGGGAUAAUUUAGAAUGGGAAGUGCAACAAAUUAAAAUGCUAAAGAGUAAUAGACUAAUAGAGCAAGGAGGCUAGGACCACCACUGCAAUUAAUGCCAAAUCUUCUUAGACGAACAAGCCUUUGCUCUCGCCUCCUUCUUCUUCUUCCUACUCCCGCACUCACACACGUACACACCUGCUUUACUUUUCUUCCUCUGAAGCUCGCCAAUGGAGUGUAGUGCGAACUGCGAGGCUCUGGACUGCGAGAUAGGAUCUCCCGAGGAAGACUCCGUGCUCUCCGAUACGAGAUUCCAGUGCCUGGACGAUGAAAAGGCUGCGAUUCGCUACUCCUUUCUCGCAUCAAACGGCGACGAUCCGAAGAGUGGCGAAUCCGCUGCGAAUUCCACUUCGAGAGUUCAGUAUGGUGCCGUUUCGAACGUUUCGAGGUACAAGAUGAUGUCGCCGGCGAAACUCCCGAUCUCCCGGUCGCCGUGCCUGACGAUCCCUCCCGGCUUGAGCCCGUCUUCGCUGCUUGACUCGCCGGUUCUGCUCUCCAAUCUUAAGGUGGAGCCUUCCCCUACUACCGGUUCCUUGUCAAAGGCCCAAUUAAUGCAAGACCCUGUUGCUGCUGGCAUGUUCUCUUCUGCCAUGCAGCAUUCCACCUCAAACACCUGCAAUGAAAGAAACCUGAGUAACUUUGACUUUCAACCCAACUGUAGAUCAGGCUUGGGUUUGGGCUUAGCUUCAUCUGGACUUCUGCAUCUGCUGGUCACACCUCAGCAAUGUGAGCCAUUUGUCGAGGUCCAAGAUCAAGGCAGGUCAUCUUCUGUUAAAAAUGAGCAGGUGGCACCAUCCUCACAUGAUUUGGAUCUAUCUGUUACUGCUCCAAAGCCACCAGUCCACAUGUUUACUAGAGCCAUUGGUUCACCAGCCGAAAUUGAUACUGGAAAAUCUCAACAGAACCAGGAUUUUGAUAAUGGAGUCCAAGCAUUGCAACCUGACCAUAGAGAAGCUGGUCCUGCAAUUACUGGAGACAAAUCAGCAGAAGAUGGAUAUAACUGGCGUAAAUAUGGGCAGAAACAUGUUAAAGGAAGUGAAUUUCCACGAAGCUAUUACAAGUGUACACAUCCUAACUGCCAAGUUAAAAAGCAAGUGGAACGCUCUCAUGAGGGAAAAAUUACAGAGAUUAUUUACAAGGGCCGGCAUGAUCAUCCUAAACCUCAACCUAGACGCCGAUUUCCAGUUGGGACUAUUCUGUCCAUGCAUGGAGAAAACCUGGAUAAGUUUAAUUGUUUAACCAAUACUCAAGACAAGACAUCCAAUGCACAUGGCCAGACAUCUUAUCACUGUGAACCAGAUGCAUCUCCUGAGCUUCUUCCAGUCACAGCAAGUGACGAUGAGCAUGAUGAUGACAAUGAUGAGGAUGAUCCCGACUCAAAGCGCAGGAAACAAGACUCCAGUAGUGCUGAUAUUAUUCCACUGGUUAAGCCAACUCGGGAACCACGAGUUGUUGUUCAGACUGUUAGUGAGGUUGAUAUACUAGAUGAUGGAUAUCGUUGGCGCAAGUAUGGACAGAAAGUGGUGAAAGGCAAUCCUAAUCCUAGGAGUUACUAUAAGUGCACAAAUUCUGGUUGCCCAGUAAGGAAACAUGUGGAAAGAGCAUCCCAUGACCCAAAAGCUGUCAUAACCACAUACGAAGGAAAACACAACCAUGAAGUACCUGUUGCAAGGACCAGCAACCAUGACCCUGCCGGAUCCAAUGCUUACGCAGCAUCCAUGGAUGCCAUUUUAGGAACCAGGGUAGAAGAAAAUGACUCAAUAAGCCUUGAUCUUGGUGUUGGCAUGAACUCAAGUCCUGAAAAUGAAAUGGAAACAGAAUUCAAUAGAGUUCAAAUUCCUAAUGCUAGUUCCAACUCAAGUAGCAUGAUUCAAGCAACCCCGGUUUCAGCAUACUAUGCAUAUGGUGCCUUAAAUAAUGCAGUCCAGAGGUAUGAAAUCAGAGAAAACAAGGGUGAAUCUUUCAGCUUUGAAAUCCCACCGUUAAAUCAUUCCACCAAUUCAUAUCCACAGAGCAUGGGAAGUUUAGUAAUGGGUCCAUAAAGUUAAUCCUCCUGGUGUGAUUUCGCAAAAGGUAAGUUACUUUCUUGGAGCAAAAUGUUUAGACAUUAAAGACUUCACAAAGAAUUGUUUCACCUUUUAACUGCUUCUCUGCAACUGUCUGCUGCAUUUUUCAUCCUUUCUUUUUUCUUAUGUAUACCUCAUUAAACUGUGUAAGAUAAAAACUUGUGUACAAAUGUGGAAGGUGGUAUAGGAGUUGUAGAACAUGUUCGGUUCGAAGAGAAAGUGUAAUUUCUAGAAUAUUUGGAGCUAUAGCUAUGUUCAAUAAACAACAAAAUCAGUCUGAAAUUGACAAUUUUCCUCGAGUAUGGUUGCCAUGAAUGAUUGUAAUAAAACAGUUCCUUCAUUCUA